UGUAAAGUAACUAUUUAUGGUUCAUCUUUGAUCAAAUAUGGCCAAUGAAGAAUCUGCUUUUGACAGUCUUGACGAAAUGGAUGAUAUCUCAGAUUCUGGCAGUGACUUUGAGGUCACCAUGAAAACCAACAAGCCUAAAAAGCGGGCCAUGUCUGUGCCAAGACCUCAGCCACCCAAGAGACCCAGGCGUAAAGCGACAGCGAGUCUCAUAUCCAGUCCCAGUUGCAGCCCCAUCCCCACUCCUCUGGAGCGCUCCCUCCAGCAGCAGCCCUCCCGAGGGACAUCUAGGCCAGCCUCACCGAAGGCAAUGAGGGGAGAAAACCAGGGUGUCAGCCCAUCAGAUAUCUACGAUGCUGUACGGUCUGGAAAGAGUGCCAUGGUGACAGUGGUGGAUGAGUGGCUGGACAGCUACAAGGAAAGCCACAAGGAGGGGCUCCUAGUGCUCAUCAACUUCAUUGUUCAGUGUUGUGGAUGCAAAGGAGUGGUUACCAGAGAGAUGUUUGAGAACUUACAGAAUGCGGAUAUCAUCAGCACAUUAACCAAAGAGUUCAAUGAGGAUUCGGUGAUGUACCCCCUGUGCACUCCUGGCCCCCAGCUGAAGCGUUUUAAAGCUGGUUUGUGUGAGUUUGCUCGGGUUCUGGUCCGCUCCUGCCAGAAUAGUCUGAUUUAUGAUGAGUACCUGUUUCCCACACUGUUGGCCCUGCUCACCGGUCUGUCCGACUCUCAGGUUAGAGCCUUCAGACAUACCAGCACCUUGCUAGUCUUAAAACUGAUGACUGGGCUGGUGGAUGUACUUGUGGCAGUCUCCAUUCAAAUGCAAACCACCCAGAGGCUAUAUGACAUCGAGUGCAACAAGAGGGCAUCUGAUAGAGCCUCUGACAAACUGGAGGAGCUGCAGACCACCAUCAGUGAGCUACAGGAAAACAGAGAAGAACUGUCCUCUUUCAUGAACGCCGCAUUCCGUGGUGUGUUUGUGCAUCGUUAUCGGGACCGGCUCCCUGACAUCCGUGCGGCAUGUAUUGAGGAGUUGGGUAUGUGGCUGAAAAUGGAUCCUGAGGACUUCCUGACUGACCAUUAUCUUAAAUACCUGGGGUGGAUCUUGCAUGAUAAGCAAAGUUCAGUUCGUCUGCAGUGUGUGCGAGCCCUGCAGGGUCUGUAUCAGGACCAGGAUUUCAUUGGCCGCCUGGAGCUCUUCACCAGCAGAUUUAAAGAGAGGAUGCUCAGCAUGGUGCUGGACAAAGACCCAUUUGUGGCAGUGGAAGUGGUCAAGCUGCUGUUGCUGAUUCAACAGAGCACAGAGGGAGGCCUGAAAGAAGAAGAAUGUGGUCACAUCUAUCCUCUGGUUUAUGCUUCACACAGAAGCCUUGCAUCUGCAGCCGGUGUCUUUCUCUACAACAAGCUCAAAAAUGUAAUUGACAGUGAGAACCAGGAGGGUGGGGGCCAUGAUAAUGCAGCCUUCUUUCAAAUCCUCAUUUCUUUCUACAUCCAGAGUGAGUUCCAUGAGCAUGGGGCGUACCUGGUGGACAGUCUGUGGGGUGUUGCAGACUCUGAGCUGAGAGACUGGGAGACUAUGACAGCCCUCCUGCUUCAGGAGUCCGUUCUGAUGUAUGAGGAAGAGGGAGCUCUCAUAGAGUUGAUGAUGUGUGCCAUGAGACAGGCAGCAGAGGUUACUCCACCUGUUGGAAGAACUCCUGGCAAGAAGUUCCUGAGUUCGAAGGACAGGAAAAUCCAGGAUCAAAACAAGCGACGUAUCACUACCCACUUCAUCCCUCUGCUGCCACAGCUACUGGCUAAGUAUUCUGCAGAUGCAGGGAAGAUGAGCCUCCUCCUGAAAGCGCCUCUCUAUUUCAACCUGGAGAUGUACAGCAGCGCUCAGUGGAUGGAGAAGAAUUUGGACAUGUUGCUCACUCGGAUAUGUGGAGUUGUGGAAAAGCACACGCAGUCUGCCGUGUUGGAUGCCUGUGCCACUCUGGCCUGCACUCUGUGUGCUGACUGCCAUGCCUUCUCGUCCCGUGCAAACCUUGCAUUCAGCCAGCUGUUGGAUAGUCUGACGGAAUGCUUCAACACAUACUUAAAUGAUCUGCUGCAGGGUAACGCAGAUGAAGAUAGCAUUUACAGUGCAGCUACAGCCUUGAAAAGGAUUUCAGCAUUUAGCAGUGCUAAAGACGUGACGCGGUGGAAGCUGUUUGAGCCGUGUCUUGAGCUGCUGAAGAGUGGCACAGACUCUGGGGACCUCAACAAAGAGCUCAUCGUAUCUGCCCUGAAGUGUGCAGGUUUCCACCUCAUGUGGGUUAAAGUGAAUGUGAUCAACUCCACACCAACUGAGGCUGAACUGAAGCAUCUGAAAAAGGAGGUGCGUCUGUUCUGCAGACUUUGUCAGACAUGUUUGUCGGUGAGCCAGUCUGAGAUCAGAGAUCAGGCAUUUGAACUGCUGUGUGACUUGCUGUUGUUGUACAGCGUGAGUUCGGUCCGCUCUGAACCCGCCAUACAAACGCUGGUCUACUUGCCAUCGGAUGCCCUGCGUUCUGAGCUGGCUGCAUUUCUUUUGGAUUACAUUUUCACAGACAAUGAAGAUGUGGAAGUUACAAGUGAGGAUGAGGAGGAGAUGAAGAUAACCAUUCUUCAGAAGAAACGAAACCUCCUGGCUGGGUACUGUAAGCUGAUCAUCUACGGGGUCCUGGACCUCACUGCCGUCACGGUUGUCUUCAAGCACUACAACAAGUACUUUAAAGACUUUGGCGACAUCAUUAAAGAGACUGUAAGCAAGAGCAAGCUCAUCAAUCCCGUGCAGAGUGCCAAGACGGUCUGUCUGAGUCUGCAGCAGAUGUUCACAGAGAUGCUCAUAGAAGGCCGUGGCAACGAGGAUCUUGGUGAAAUUAGAGAUUUGGCCAAAAGGUUGGCCAUGAGCUUCGGCAUCGAUCUUAAGAUCAUCCGAAAACCAUUAGUGGCCCUGCACAUGGAUGGUAUACGGUUUGCGUUCCUGUGCACAGAAGAGGAAGGGGAGCAGCACCCAAAUCUGGACUUCUUGGAGAUCCUCAGCGAGUUCAGUUUCAAACUGCUUCAGCAGGAUCGUGCUCAGCUGUCUGUAUUUCUUAAAGAAGAGUGUCCCACUGCUGUCCUCUCCUGGCCGUCUGUAAGACUGUAUCGCCGAUCUAUAGAGAGGCGCUCUGCUUGCAAACACAGAGAACAGGAGGAGGGGGGUGGUGAAAAAACAAGUCCCAUCUCCUCACACACUCCCCCUGCAGCUAAACGCAAGAGAACCACUGCUCAGGGUUCAGUGUCCAGCACCAACAGAGGAUCCUGGUUGGAGAGCAGCAGUAUCCACAGCAACCUCCCAACCCCGGCCCUGACCUCCACCGUUCAGCGUCAGCCUGCUAAACAGCUGAAGCCCAGGCGUCCUGGAGCCGCAGACUCAGACGGCAGCGGUGUAAUUGAAUCUGAUUCUGGGGAUGAGUUUUCUUCAGAGUCCCAGAUGCGAAAGGUGAAGCCGAACAAAAGGCGCCAGCCGUCCUCCAGCCAGUCUGACCCUGCCUUGGGUGAUCAAGACCUGGACUCCCACCUCACCUUACUGUCUCUGAUUGAGGAAGAUGAGGCAGAAAAAGGAGGAGGAUCUGAGAUUGAUGAUUACGAAAGCGACACUGACAAUGACCCUGCCUAUAUACUGCCUUCAACACGACACACCUCAGCCAGCAUCCUUGAUGAGCUUUUCCAGUAAGAACACGUGCCUGCAUCCUCUUUGUUAUAAGUGUUUUCUUAAAA